UCCACGUCCAUACGGCAGAGAAAAGAGGUUCCCUGGUCGUGGCGUCGUUGUUUUCUCUGAACCGACCUCCAAGCGAUGGCAGGCGCAGAGAAAAACCAAUUCUUCGAUCUUCUCACACACCUCCUGCAGAAGGUGGAGGCAGAAAGUAAUCAAGAAGAAGUUGAACUACGAGCCAAAAUAGAAGCUCUUGGUGAAGAGGUUACAAAAGUGCCAUCUAAAUCAGCUGCUGAGCUUGACGAAUUGGAGAUAGCCAGGCAGCUGGAUAACUUGUCUGCUAAGUUGAACCAUGUCGACGCAAUGAUUUCUUCAGCCAUGGCUGCAGACCCAGAUGUUCAGACUCUACUACAGAGCACUUCCGACUUGUGGAUGCCUGUUAUCACUGCUACCUCAUCCGAAAGGCGUACACUGGCAGACACUAUCAGCUACACAAAUGCAGAGGAAGCUCCCACCAACAAAUAGUAUGACCAAUGGUAUUUGUUUGACAUAUGCCAAUUUGGCUUUCCUCUGUGAUACCUAGGUCAUCUUAAUCGCUUGCAUGAUUUCUAAUUUCUACAUCUCUUACGUUGCUGGCAUCUUAUUCUCUGACCGUGACUGUCCGCCUAUUUUGUUCCAAUUGGCCCUUUAAGAGUUAUAGGUUUAUACCUUGUAAAACUGUUAAAUUAUAAGUUUAUAAUUGGUUGUCA